AACGGCCUGCAAGUGACGUUAUAUCAGCCAAAUCAGGUAUCGCGAGGCCUCCUCUACUGUACAUAUGUAUGGUACACUCAGGGUCCCUUACCGCUAUUCCCCUGCGGUUCUUAUCGGCCGUGCUCGAUGACUACCGGAUACUACCCUGGGCAGAGAGGUUCUUCCUUAACAAUACCGUGACAAUGUCCCGUCUAUUGUCAGCAAAUUGUGGUGGCCACUUACAGCCACUGCGUUAGCCCACCGGGUCCUAUUGUCAAUGCACCACUUCCGCUAUUGCAGAUGCCUUCAUAGCUGGCAUCCCGGCUCCUCGGCUUGGCAAUAAUUCGCUCAAACACUGCCUGCUCGCACUCUCUUCUUGCUCAAACGAGUUGGUCUGCAACCUGCUCACUUACUUUCCUCGGAAAACGGCACAGAACAUCUAGACUUUACGCCCGUUCGAGUUGCAAACGGCCCUGAAACACCUUCUCACUAGGGCAUCGUCUUCGGCGUUUUAACGCCAAACAGACGAACAUGUGGCGCCCAAAUCUCAAUUUUGUCAAAAUACACUACAUCUACAUCAUCUGCAUGGGUCUGUCGAGCUUCUUGUUCAUCUAUCCGGAAGGCAAGCUGAGUGCAAUCGAUGCCUAUUUCUUUGGCGUUAGCGCCUCGACCGUUACCGGUUUAACUACAGUCGAUGUUCCUGUACUGAAGACGUACCAGCAGCUGUUUCUGUACUUCGUUCCCCUGGUUUGCAACAUUGUGACAAUCAAUAUCAUUGUUGUAAUUGUGCGCCUUAUCUGGUUCCGAAGAUACCUCAAGAAUGCUGCUCCUGCUCUACUCAGCAGACGCAGACCAGUGGACCUGGAUCCUAAGGAGGACCCGGAAAAUGCAGCUGACAAUCCUCUUUCGGAAGUACUUGAUAAAAGACCGGGACUUGCACGAUCUGUCACAGAACGCGUUCAUAAGAAUGUCGCGGAGCAGGAUGCACUGCCGCCGAUCGAGGCUCGGAGUCGGACUGAUCCAGCUCCUGAUCAUCCACCCCAACGGCCUGUAGACAUUCUUUCACCUACAAUUAAGGAAGAGAAGGUGAAAGAGGGAGACCAGCACGAAACAAGAAUCACUUUCGAUCCUUCGACCGAUCACCAUCCUCGCCAUGAGCAGCAGGAGUCAACUCUAUAUAUCCCCGGCCCUCGCGCUCGAGACCAAGGCCUUCCUUUUGUCGAGCUAAAUACUGAACGACGGUUCAGCCGAGAUACUCGAGAUGAAGAUGUCAUCGAACCUAUCUCGCGAACUCAGUCCACCCCUGUUGGUACCCUUCGCCGUAGACGCAGCGCUGGCCUUAGUCUGGCUCAAGUCCGCUCUGUCGAGCGUGUCGCUACCGUAGCUUCGUCGCUCUUUGUUAUUGGCAACCCUGCUCAAGCGCCUAAGGAGCGUCCGCUGGCCAGGGCACCAACACUUGCCGUGGGUGACUUUCCCCGUUUAUCUCGAGAGGUUACCAUAGGGCGUAACUCCAUCUUUCACAACUUGUCGUCUAAGGACCGGGAGGAACUGGGUGGCAUCGAGUACAAAAGCCUGAAGCUCCUACUCAAGAUAAUUAUUGGCUACUAUGUUUUUCUUCACUGCCUCGGGGCUGUCUGCCUGAUAGCAUGGGUUCAGCAUGCUCCCAACAAAUACGUUGAGUACAUUGACAAGUGCGGGCAAAAUCGAAUUUGGUGGGCAGUCUACUCUGCUCAAACCAUGAUCACCAACUUGGGUUUUACCUUGACUCCUGACUCAAUGAUAUCUUUCAAUGACGCUCCAGCUCCCCUGCUCAUCAUGAGCGCCCUCGCCCUGGCUGGCCACACCUUCUAUCCUGUCCUCCUCCGGCUAGUUAUUUGGGCUAUCUCGAAGGCCGUCUCGAAGCAGUCCUCCCUUCAAGAGCCGUUGCACUUUCUUCUCAAUCACCCACGGCGAUGUUAUACUCUACUUUUCCCCAGCGGGCCAACCUGGGCGCUUUUUGGCAUUCUUGCCCUCCUUAAUCUCGUUGAUGUUCUAUUCAUCAUACUCCUUGACCUAGACAACUCGACUGUGACGGUACUUCCUGGGUGGCAGAGGUUCUGCGCCGCCGUGUUUCAGGCUGUUAGUUCUCGACACACUGGUACAGCCAGUUUUAACCUUGCCAAUGUUAACCCGGCUGUGCAAAUGGCUUUGCUCAUCAUGAUGUACAUCUCCGUAUACCCAAUCUCAAUCGUCGUUCGAUCUUCAAACACCUAUGAGGAGCGCUCUUUGGGCAUUUACGAGCAUAGUCUACAAUAUGAUGAGGAAGAUGGCGGCUCAUAUUUUGUAACCCAUCUCCGGAACCAGCUGAGUUUCGAUUUGUGGUAUAUCUGUCUUGGGCUUUUGUGUAUCUCUAUUGCUGAGCACAAGAAGAUCAUGGACGGCAAUGAUCCGGCAUUUACAAUGUGGCCGAUGUUGUUUGAGGGCGUUUCAGCAUACUGUAAUGUCGGCUUGAGUUUAGGAUAUCCUACCAUCAAUUCGUCUUUUUGCACCGAGUUUACGACAUUUAGUAAACUCAUCAUCUGCGCCAUGAUGAUUCGUGGACGCCAUCGUGGACUUCCCUAUGCCUUGGACCGAGCUAUUGUCUUGCCAACAGAGAAGUCAUUGGGCGCUGAGACUAUCACCCAGCCUCACGAGUCGCAUGAAUCUCACGAGCAUCGUGAGUAAUUUGGACAACACAGAGUUUCUUCUUGAUCAUACACGACACUGGUUGGAUGAGACCACGGCCUUAUUUAUUUUACUUUUUUAUUGUUCGUUUUGUCUUUCGUCGAUAGCAUAGCGAGGUCAGAGUUACGCUUAGAGGCGUUCGGUGGAUAGACUGGGAGAUCCGCAAGACUUUGAACGGAGCAUUAGAUGCAUCGUCGCCGUCCUGAGCCAUGGCUCAAGAACUCUUUUUCUACAACAGAGUAGAGGUUUUGACUCCAGCUUUUCUAUUAUAGACAGGCUCGGCGCUCUGGAUCAUCAACAUUUCGGAAUACAAGACAGCAUAGGAAGACAUGCCAGAGUCUUCGAAUAGAGUGUUUCUUCUACCUUUUCCCACUGGGCGUGUGUUUUGUGACUCUUUGGUCGACAUAGCAGUGGGUCUCGAAAUAACUCAGCCAAUUCUCUACCGAGUUGCGGUCCUUCAUGGACAGAGUGCAAAGUUUGAUCCAAUUUGCCCUUCCGUUGUUGAACAUUAAUAUCUUUAGAACUUUGUUGUGGAA